AUGAAUGUCCAACUUGCCAUGAGCCAGCUUAGAUUGGGCGGAACAAGGAGGAAAAUAAUGGCAGCUUCUGUAAAUCUGCAUUCAUUGAUAAUUCUACCACCACUACCACAAAAUUUCACAACUGAAGUUCCUCUUUCGCAGUCACCACAAAAAAAUACUGCCUCCAUCUUCUUGAUAAUUCUAUUUACAGGCUUAGGCAUUGCUGUCUACAUAUUUUGUUCCCUCGUCAUUCCCAAAAACUCAAGAGCUUCUUCACAGCCGGAGCAGCAAGUAGUAGUAGAAGAAGAAGAAGAAGAAUUAAGUGAUAUUCGAACAGUGAGUCUUCAUCCAUCAGUCAUCAGCACCAUCACAAUCCGCAAGUAUAAAAGAGGUGAAGGGCUAAUUGAAGGAACAGAGUGCUCUGUUUGCUUGAGUGAGUUUCGAGAAGAUGAAACUUUUAAGAUUUUGCCCAAGUGUAACCAUGCUUUUCACGUACCUUGCAUUGACACUUGGCUCAAAUCACACACCAAUUGUCCUAUUUGUCGUGCCAGCAUUGUCAUCACAAUACCCACUACUACAGCUUUCAGUUGA